CUAUAAACCGUUCCGGACGGUUCAUAUCGCGGCGCGCUGCCACCGCGGCAACACGUUUUCGCGGGUGUUUCCGAAGAUCGAGCUGGCGAAGAUCCCGCCAGCUCUUGUCCGUCUUGAGUUUCGUUGAUUCUGAUCUCGUAGCUUUCAGAGGACUCCAGGAAAUCGGGGAUAAAUCGUCGUGAUUUGUGAUUCGAUUAGUGAAUCAUCAGCAUUGCUCGAUUUCGAUUUCACACGUUUUGAACGGAACUUGUUAUCGCGAGAAUUGUGAGUGAGGGACGAACUCUUAAACGGGAGAAAGCUGGCGAGGCAGAUUGUGACGAGAGAGAAGAUCUCGGAGCUGCUGGAGUUGGUGAUACUGCGCUGGGCUAGGAUGUCAUUCUUUAGGAGUUUGUGGAAGAGCAGCUCCAAGCAUAAGAAAUUAUGCGAGGAAUGGGCGUUGGCGAAUAGCCGUGAAUGCGUAGAGGGUAGCGGUUCGGCGGGCACGACGCACGGGGAGGAAUCUGAGGAUACGUCCGAGGCAAGAUUCACCCUCAAAUAUUUGGGCAGCACCCUCGUCGAGACACCCUCGAGUGAGGAGGCCACGGCAGAAGCCAUCAAGACCGUCAUCACCAUGGCGAAAGCAAGCGGAAAAAAACUACAAAGGGUCUCUUUGGCUGUGAGUUUGAGAGGAAUUAGAAUGACGGACUUGACCACCGAAGAGGAUCAGCUUCAAGUAUCGAUAUAUAGGAUCUCGUAUUGCUCGGCGGAUGCGACGCACGAUCAUGUGUUCGCGUUCAUCGCGACGAAUCUGAACGAGACGAUGGAGUGUCACGCGUUUCUCUGCCCCAAGAGAAAAAUGGCGCAGACAGUGACACUGACUGUGGCACAGGCUUUCAACACUGCUUAUCAGGCGUGGCAGUUGUCGCAGUCCGAUCCCAGGAUCCAUCACGCGCAAGAUAAGAGUCCUCCUUUGACGGGCGAUAAGACUGAUAACAAUGAGAAAAAAAACGCCAGCGAGACAAAAACCACCACCGGCAAGAUCAACGAACAAAAUAAGCAGAAUGGUCAACAACGGCGUAAUGAAAGCCAGAAGAAUUUAUUAAUUGAUCUGUCGAACGAUCCUAAACCAGCAGGAAAUUCAUGGGUGUGUUUCGAGGAGGACUCAGACGCGAAAAAAAGCCAGAAGAAGAACGCGGCGGUCAACAACAGUAUUCCUAUGACCACGCUUAGGCAUAAUACAACGGCGUCUACCCCGGCUCAUCAUGUGGUGCCUCGACCGAGCGCUGGUUUCAAGGUGCAGAACGCUUGGGGUGAAUCCAGAUCGGUCGAUCUCAUGUGCUCGUAGCAGGCAGGAUAGCCGGCGGCCGACAGUUUCAGGGAUGUGCCGUUGAUCACAGGCCUCUGGAAGCAUCUUUCGAACAACGGCCAAGCCAAAAAGACCAACGGCAGUCAUUAAAGAUCCUUCAGCCGAACUGUCCUAAUAACUUCCGAUCGCGAAUUUAGACAUGAAGAAUCGAGGAUUCUUGCCGAUAAUCCAUAUUUUUAGCGAAUGCCGAAGAAAGACAGCGGAGACGUGACACAGUGAUGUCUAUCUUGUGUGAUGUAAUCUUAAUGAGACUAUGUUAGGUCCAAGUGAGGUUUCUAUAUCAGCUGAGGGAACGAAGGAAUGGCUGCACGGAUGAUUUCUAUUCGAUAUAAUAACGGCGAUGCUGAUUUUUAAAGAGGACCAACCCGCAGCGGAAAAAGAUUGCGAUAAUCGGGGUGAGAUCAAUUUGCAAUGGAUUUUGUAUAACGCGUAUAUAUACAUAUACAUAUAAAUCUGUGCCAAUUACUUUACACAUACAUAUCGCACAAACAUCAGUGAAAGAGAAUAUAAGAAUGUCGAGACAUACGCGCUUUUUAUUGUUGUUAAUAGUAUUAACUCUGGAAAUUAAAUUAAAAUUAGUCUUAAAUUCGCGUUUUGAGAAAAUAAAACUUCAAAGAGAGAUCAGCAUAUUAAAGAUUAAUUUUCAAAGUUAACCGAAGGAUUAAAAAUCUCGAUGCAAAAAUCAGAUAAAUUCUUCUCAAUUUUUUAAAAAAGGUUAAUAUAAUCUAUCUAUUAAUUAAAAUUUUUUUAAUAAAAACUAUAAUUAUAAUGAAUAUCUCUAAAAAAAUUUAUAACAUUUACUACAAAAUAAAUCAUGAAAAUAUAAUAAAUAAAUUAAAUAGUCAUUUAACUGAUUUUUAUAUUUUUUGGUAUUUUUAUUGAUACUUCAUUUAUAUCCGAUUUCUCUGUUUUUCUUACACAAUUAUAUGGAUAUGAAAUUAAUUCUUGAGAGUACAAUUCAUGUGAGUAUACUUGAAGCUUUAAUGCUAAAAAUGCAUCCCGUCCAAAUUUGAAAAUAUCGCUGCCACAUUUUAACCCCGUGUAUUUUGAAUAUUUUACAUCUACGACAUAGUAUAGGAAUAAAUUGUUUUAAAACGAUUUUUUAAUGAAUUCUUAUCACGUAAAAAUGCGAAUUCCAGGGUUAAUACCUAUUUGUUAUUUUUAUUAGAAAAAAACUCCAAUCUUUUAUCUACAUCAUACACAAAACGCGAAGAAUCGAGAAAACACCAGGUUUCGUAGAUCGAUUCCCUAUUACGAAUGCUGGAUAGAGAUAAUCCUUUACGUAAUCGUUGAUAAUUGAACCUUUGAUUGAAUAGCUGGACUAUUUCUUAUUGUUAGCUGAAGUUCUUGUUAAAGUUUCUUGCAAAAACAAAGUUUGAUGUAAACGUAGCCAUUUAAACAGAUAUAAAAAAAUCGCAUUAUUUUUAAUGCAUUGUUGGCGUAAUUUGCGAUUAGCUCAUUUUGUAAAGUUCAUUUCUGUUACUUUAUUUCAUAUUUAAAGAGGUCAAAUUUGAUGAACAAGCUUUCUUGCGCACCGAUGAUGAUACAAUUUCAUUAAUAGCGUCGACGGAUUAAAGAGCGAUUGCUAUCGAAUUAUCGCAAUAUUUGCAUAUGAUAUAUUAAGUGUGAAUGUGUUGAUAUACUAUGUUAUGAAUAAAUGUGCGCGUAUCAUAAGUAGGGCGUAAUAAUGCCGCUAAUAAUCGAGGGGUGAACGUUAACAUAAUUUAGCGUUAACUAUAUUGAUAUUUAAUUUAUCAAUUGUUAAACCGUAAAUAUAUCGUAUUCCUGGUUGUAGAUCAUAUCUGUAUGUAAUUAUCGCGAUUACGUGACAUCGGACAAUCCAAGUCCUCAUUUCGCGAUAAUAUGUUAUUGUCGAUUCGGUUAUAAUAUUUUCGAAACAAUAAUUUGAUAUUUUUUACCGCAUGGUCGACAUAGGGCUGUGUUCGUUUCCGAAAGAAAAAGAUAUAACGGAUAUAGUACAUAUUAUAUGGUAACUUACUGUCCAUUAGUCGAUGUUAUAUCGUCAAAGAACGACGUUUUUAAACUAUUAGAUAAAAUUACGUCGAUUCUAAUAUAGUUAUUCUGAUGGAAGAUUUUCAUAGAUUCACGGAAUUUAUCACAAGAUGAUAUGAAAUAGUCAAAACGCUCAUUUUUUUAAUUAAAUAAGUCAUAUUAAUCUCUUUUCGAGAGAAAGAAAGAGAGAAAGAGAGAGAGAUUAAAGUUUUUGUACAAAAUUUUUCGUUAUCUUUAUUAAUUUUUAAGAUAAAACAUUGAAUUUUAUUGUAAAAUAUUUUUUAUCUCUAUAUAAAUAUUUUUUUUUACAAAAGAAUUGUUAUAUUAGAUAAUAUAUUAUUAGAAAAAGCAUUACUGUUUUUCUUUAAAAAUCUAUAAAAAAUAUUAGAAUUGUCUUAAAAUCUCGAAAUUUUAUCGUUAUAAUUAAAAAUUAAUUAUCAGAGUUGUGAGAUGCCAAAGUAGGCAUUUAUAAUCAAGAAGGGAUUAAAAUGGCUUUGCAUUAUUUUAUCCCGUAUAGAUCAGAUGAUAUAUCAGCUGAAAACUUGACCGUUCAAAUGUAUGCUGAUAAUCAUCUCGAAACGAUAAUUCCAUUAUUCUAUGCUGCGCAUUAGUAGCACACGAUCAUUGCACUUGUAUUUACCACAGGAAUGUUACAUACAUUUUUUGCGCUAAAUGUUCGUAGUUCGUAAGCAGCACAAAUCAAAUAUACGUAUACAUAUCCGAUGUGCGUCUUGUGAGAAUUUAUUCCGGUACAGAAAAAAAUAAUCACCUUUUUUGCGAUCCUUAAGAUGAAUUCAGAUAUCGAUUCAUUCCGCCUUAUGCGCACAUGCGCGAUGGCUAAACCCCUAUCAAUAUUGAUAAUUUUAGUUUACAUUCGCGAAAUUAUACAAAAACUACGUUUGCAAGUUUCGUUUUAUUGACAUAAGCUAAUAAUUAUUGUCACAAGAUAAUAGCAUGAUCAGAAGUCAUUGGGGUAUAUAGAUUUGUUUCUCGAGUAAGGAUAAGAUGACACGCAGUACCAAAGAUAGAAAAAAAGGAAUAUGCUUUAACAGAAAUUUAUUGUUCCAAUACAUCACGAAUGUAAUUUGUAAGAAGGGAGAUAGCCUCCCAGAUGUUCCGGUAAAUCGAGAAGAAGCAAAUAUUACGUACACGAGGAUAAUCUCCAUACUUUAUGCAUUUAUCCGCAUUACUUUUUUAGAUGGUUUUUCCUUAGCCAAUUUAUAUGAAUAUCGUCAUAUAUAUCAUAAUUUUUUCUCUUUAAUCUUUUGACUUAUAAAAAUCGAAAAUGGUUGCUUUUAAACAAUAGAUCCUUCUCUUCAGUCGAAGGACCUAUCUCAAUUAUCCCUUUCGGACUAGUGACGCGAAAUAAACAUAUUUCGAGAAAAUAUUUUUUUCCAACGAAAGAGAAGGAUAGUAUUUCGAAAAUAUUUUAAGAAUGUUCCGGGGAUUUAUAUAACGUUUCCUAACAUUAUAACUAUAAGAAUGAUCAGAAAAUAUUCUGAGAAUUUUUGAAAUAUUUUGAGACGUCUCUGAAGAAUAUUAUAAAUUCCUCCAAAGAAUUCUCUAAAAAUAUUUGGAGAAAUCUCGGAAUAUUCGGUUGAUAUAUAUGUACAGAUUUGCACAAAUUUCUUGCUAUAUAUAUAGUUAUAUAAUAUUACAUAAAUGCGCUUUUAUAAAAUUCGUAAUGACAGAUUUUUUUCUCGAAAUAUUCGUAAAAUAUUUUCUUGCGUCAACAAUCCAAUCUACGAUUAGUAAUAUGAAAAGUCCUCGUGUCCGCGCUUUGAAGAUUUCCUGACGCUUUUAAUUAGCGACGGCAUCGCGUAUAUAUAUAUAUAUAUGUAAUACAUUACACACCCCGUAUUACAUGCGCCUCUUUUUCUCUCACACAUUCUGUCGCUUACCUUCUCAUAUAAAUACUUAACGAUUACUCCUUAUAUGCAAUACUUAUAUCUCUAAUCACUAUCUCGUCUUUGCUGAAAUUGGUGUUUAAUAUCGAACAUGCCGUACGAGAACCGCAAUUUC